GUUUGCACUUUCAGCAAGCUGAGACACAGAGAGUUAAAGAGUUACAGAAUGAGAAUGGUCAUGUGAUCACUGGGUGGAGUCAAAAAGGGAAAUGAAACAAAUGCAGCCACAGUCUAAGAGCAAUGGAGACAGCAGGAUUAUUCACAAAACGGGGGAAAAAUAAGAAUCACUUGAUGGCAGCUAUGAAUCAGAGCCCACCUAAAGAAGUGCCCCAGAGUGGGCUGGCAGAUUGCAAAAAGAAUGUAGAGCCUACUUCACCUGUAGAGAGUUGUGUGUCGAUGAAAAGUGACCAUUCAAUGAACCCUCCACUGAAGUUUCCGAAAGAACCAUCAGACACACCUGGUGUAGAACCUUCUUCACCUGUAGGGAGUUGUGUGUCAAUGAAAAGUGACAAUUCAAUGAACCCACCACUGAAGUUUCAGAAAGAACCAUCAGACACACCUGGUGUAGAACCUUCUUCACCUGUGUGGAGCUGUGCUUCAAUGAAAAGCAACAUUUCAAUGGACCUUCCACAGAGGUUUCAGAAAGAACCAUCAGACACACCUGGGGUGAUCCAACAGGAAAGAGUACACACUUCAACACCCAGCUGUGUGUCUCUCAAAAGUGACUGGUCUAUGGAGCUACCAGUCACUUUGAACAAACCUACUGAUCGAAGGGUGAUCCAACAGGAAAGAGUACACACUUCAACACCCAGCUGUGUGUCUCUCAAAAGUGACUGGUCUAUGGAGCUACCAGUCACUUUGAACAAACCUACUGAUCGAAGGGUGAUCCAACAGGAAAGAGUACACACUUCAACACCCAGCUGUGUGUCUCUCAAAAGUGACUGGUCUAUGGAGCUACCAGUCACUUUGAACAAACCUACUGAUCGAAGUGUAGAACCUCCUUCGUCUGUAGGGAGCGGUGUGCCGAAAAAAAAUGACCAUUCAAUGAUCUCUCCACUGCAGUUUCUGAAGACUAGGAGUGUAGAACCUUCUUCAACUGUUGGGAGCUGUGUAUCAAUUAAAAGUGACAAUUCAAUGAACCCUCCACUGGCGCUUCAGAAAGAAUCAUCAGACACAACUGGUGUAGAAUCUUCUUCAACUGUUGGGAGCGGUAUAUCAAUUAAAAGUGACAAUUCAAUGAACCCUCCACUGGCGCUUCAGAAAGAACCAUCAGACCCAACUGGGAAGAGAACCAAGAUUCAACUAAACCAGAAAAUAACAGUAAACAUGGUUUACUCUGCUGAUGAUUCUGAAAAGUGCUCACCUGAAGAUAAAUUAAAAUCUAUUCUAAGGAAGAGAUUUCAGCGGAUAUCUGAAGGACUACAACAACAGGGAUAUUCAAAACUUCUCAAUGACAUCUACACAGAGCUUUACAUCACAGAGGGAGUAAUUGGAGAAGUGAACAAUGAACACGAGGUGAGGCAGAUUGAGACAGCAUCAAGGAUUCACCAGAUAACAGAUGACAAGCCAAUCAAAUGCAACGACAUCUUCAAACCCUUACAAGGCCAAGAUAGAGUCAUAAGGACUGUGCUGACAAAUGGGGUUGCUGGCAUCGGAAAAACAAUCUCUGUGCAGAAAUUCAUUUUGGACUGGGCAGAAGACUUAGCGAAUCAAAAUGUCCAUUUCAUAUUCCCACUUCCCUUCAGGGAGCUUAACUUGCUGAAGGACCACUGCUUCAGUCUGGAGAAUCUGCUUCACCAUUUCUUUCCACACCUAAAAGAAAUAACGUUUACGAAUGUUACCACAAAAAAGAUUGUGUUCAUUUUUGAUGGUCUGGAUGAACAUCGUUUAUCCUUAGAUUUUAAAAACAGUAUGGUUGUUAGUGAGGUAAAUAUCACUACCUCGGUUGAUGUUUUGCUGACAAACCUCAUCAAGGGGAAUCUUCUUUCUUCCGCCCUCAUUUGGAUAACCUCCAGACCAGCAGCAGCUAGUCAAAUUCCUCAUGAAUGGAUAAGUCAGGUGACGGAGAUCCGAGGAUUUAAUGACCCUCAGAAGGAAGAGUACUUAAGGAAAAGCAUCAGUGACGAAAGCCUGGCCAAUGACGUUAUCAAACAUCUGAAGUUGUCAAGGAGCCUCUAUAUCAUGUGCCACAUACCGGUGUUUUGUUGGAUUUCAGCAACUGUUCUGGAGAAGAUGUUGAAAGAAGCAGACGGCAAAGCAAUUCCCAAGACUCUGACUCAAAUGUACACACAUUUUCUCAUAAUUCAGACUCGAAUCAGAAAGGAAAAGUAUAACAAGGAGCAGAGAGAUGACAAAGAGAUGAUUAUUAAAUUAGGAGAGCUCGCCUUCAAACAGUUGCUAAAAGGCAAUUUGAUCUUCUAUGAGGAAGACCUGGAAGAGUGUGGCAUCAAUGUCAAUGAUGCGGUCGUGAACUCAGGAGUUUGCACAAGAAUCUUCAGAGAGGAGUGUGAGCUUUUUCAUAGUAAAGGAAGGGUCUUUUGCUUCGUACACUUAAGCAUCCAAGAAUUUCUUGCAGCUUUGUAUGUGCACAUUGACUUCAGCAGAGGGAACAAUACUGUGCUUCACCAGUGGAAUCCAGCAAAGUGCGCCAUUAAAUUUUCAUGUUUGUCCCUCACUGAUCUUCACAAGACUGCUGUGGACAAAGCCUUGCAGAGUAAAAGUGGGGAGUUUGACCUGUUCCUCCGCUUCCUGCUUGGCAUCUCUCAGGAAAGCAACCAGGCUCUGCUACAAGUACUGUUUCCAAAGACAUCAGAAUCCGGUUCCUCAAAUGUUCAACAGUCAAUCGAGUACAUCAAAAUCCGACUCAGGAUGCGCCUUGAUCCAGAGAAGUAUAUCAACCUAUUUCACUGCCUAAAUGAACUCAAUGACUUUUCUCUAGAGGAGGAGAUACAAGAAUUCCAGAGAUCCAGAAGGCUUGCCAAGACCAAGCUCUCACCUUCACAGUGGUCUGCUCUUGUUUUUGUGUUGCUGACCUCAGGAAAUGCACUAGAUGCCUUUGACCUGAGGAAAUACAGCAUGGAAAAUUCAGAUGAAUGCCUUCAAAGAAUGCUACCUGUUGUGACGUUGUCUAGAACAGCUGAAGUCAGACACUGUAACCUCUUAGACAAAGGCAUUCAAGCUCUGACCUCGGCCAUCAGCUCAAAGUCGUCAAGCCUCAAAGAACUGAAACUCAGUGGGAAUAAUUUGCAUCAGUCUGGAAUAAGAAUUCUUUCAGAAGGUCUUCGAAGUCCGCACUGUAAACUGGAUAUUCUGGAAUUGUCUGAAUGUGGAAUUCAAGCAGAAGAUUGCGGUCCCCUUUUCUCAGCUCUUAACUCAAACCCUUCACACCUGAGAGGGCUUGACCUGAGCUUCAAUCCCCUGUGUGCAUCAGUAACAUCAGGAAUAAUCCUCCUCUCUGAUACUCUGCGGAAUCCACUCUGUAGGCUGGAAACAUUAAAGCUUUAUAACUGUCAGCUGAACAGCAAAAGCUGCCCAUACCUGGCUACAGCACUGAACAGUAACUCCAGUUUGAUUGAGUUGGAUUUGAGUAAAAAUACUCUUAAUGCUGAUGGAGUACAGCAUCUCUCCAAAGGCCUGGGAAAUCCAUCCUGUAAACUGAAUGUUCUAAACCUAUCAGACUGUGGCAUCACCAGUAGCGGCUGCCGCAUACUGUGUAAAGCUUUAAAUUCAAACCCGUCUCACCUGAGUGAGCUGUGUCUGAACAGGAAUAAAUUUGGGGACAGUGGAGUAAAGCACAUCUCAGAUUUUCUAAGCAAGACCUGCUGUAAGCUGGAGAAGCUAAGUUUGUCAUACUGUUCUGUCACUGAAAGCGGUUGCACUGAUCUGGCCUCAGCUCUCACACUGAACCCAUUACACCUCAAAGAGCUGGAACUAACUGGGAACCAACUAGGGAUGUCUGGACGGGAAAAACUUAAAGUUCUACAACAGCAUAAAGACUACAAACUGGAAAAACUGAAGAUAUAGAAGACUAAUGCACUCCUAUACACAACAAAACUAAAUGUAUUCGUCCAUGUCCUUCUGAUGAGUGACUGGAUUGCACAGAACAAAAAAAUCAAAUAAAGCCUGAAGUGUGGAAGAUGGAAGGACUGCUUACACUGAGCAUGGUGGUCUACCCUAAUCUUCGUCUUUCAACCGAGGAAAUACUUUGCAGUGAUACGUGUCUUCCGAGAUGCUGCUGUGAUAGCAUCAAGAACAGCUGAGCAUGUUUGUGUGUCUGCUCUUUCCUGGCCUCUCUACGGUCUCAUACCCCUCUCCCAUGUUUUUGCCUGUGUCAAGAAUAUGUUUACAUGGACCAGUAUUUUAUAAGACAGGCUUUGUAUUUUCAUAAUAAUGUGGGUGUUUUGUUGUAAGCUACAAUAUACACUAUAAUAUUAUAUGAGGAAGCACAAAGUUCUCAAUCCAGAUACUAUAAACACUGAAGACUGCAUUUUACAUUAAUAUCGUUAGUUUGUGUGAAUGAUUCAUUUCAUUCCUUUUAAUUUUUCAUGCUAUGAAAUUCUCUUCCAAAUCCAUUGCAAAAUCUUACAUCUUAGAUGGAAAAUAAAAUUUGGCACCAGUUCAGUUAAAACAGGAUCAUGUCACUAGGCAGCCUGGGCGUGAACACCAGAGGGAGCCAUCGCCCGAGUAUUAACCAUCUCUGCCCACUUCCGGUACAGAGGUGUAUUUAAGCAGCACGCCACCUUCACUCUAGUGCGAAGCAUUGUUUCCGUUUAGCGUGACUUGCCAAGCCUUUAUUUUGUUCCUGUUAGCUUCUUCGUGUAUGACCUUGCCUGUUUAUCUCUUUACUACGAGUUUCGGAUAUGCGUUUUUGUCUAGUUUGCUUAGUGUUAGUCUUUCUGGUAUUUGACCCUUUGCUUUUGUUUUCUUGACCACAAUUACCUGUCUUCUGUUCUUCAAUAAAUCUGCGAAUGGAUUCUAAUACACCGGCGCCUGAUGAGUCAUUACAGAAUGCUUUGCCAGAGAUGAAUCCAGCGGAUAUGCAAGCGGCGUUAUGGCGACAGCGAGUCCUCAUCCAUGAGUAUCAAGAGGAAGUUGACUCUCUGAGAGCCGCGAAUCAGCAACAGCCACGAGACCAAGCAGCCGCCGCUACGCCGGCACUCUAUGCGCGCAGCAAACUUCCCCGUUUCGCCCUGCCGGAAAAGUUUGAUGGAUCCGGCGAUCGCUGCCGGGGAUUUCUGCGUCAAUGUGACAACUACUUUGCUCAUCAGCCAGAGGCAUACGGCGACGAGAGAACCAGGUGCGCGUUUAUUUUAUCCCUGCUUACCGGUAGAGCGCUAGACUGGGCAGCAGCGGUUUGGGACUCCGAUCCUCAAGUCAAAACAUCCGCUGAUUAUUUCGUGAACUUAAUCAAGGAGGUAUUCGAAUACCCGGCUGGAGGCAAGGAUGUUUCUGUACAGCUGCUGGAGUUGCGCCAGGGAAUGGAUACGGCAGCAGAUUACGCCAUUAAAUUCCGCACACUAGCCGCGCAGUCUGGAUGGAAUGUGAUAGCUCUCAUGGCGGUGUUUCGCGAAGGACUCAACCCGGAGUUACAAGCUGAGAUGGCAUGCCGCGACACCAACGUGACGCU